AGAAAAAACAGCCAGUGGGUGGGCUGGGCUGGACCCCUGCUUUCGGCUGCCUUACGCUGCAAAUAACGCUGCUAUGAAUAUUUGAGCCUCGUACAUUGACCAUACGGAGCUCCCAGAAUGAGUUAGAAGCCGUAUCUUGGCCAAGUAGGUAGCUGUUUUUCAUCAUUCCUGCCCCCGGCUGUCAGAGUUAGCUUUGUGCCCCAUAGAUAGCUUAGCUCGCUGGGCUAACAGCCUGUCUGGCUGGCGCCUCUCAGGCGGCUGUGGACGGACAAUAAAACCCCCCAGUGAACGGCCCCAACUAGCCAGCAGACCUCCGUUUACCGAGAUUCACCAUCAAAAACUUCUUGGCAGCGUUUCUUUUUCAUUCUCUAAAGGUUCUGGCUCUGGAUCUAAGGUACAGGCUUCCAAGGGGAGAUCUUCAUGUUUUCUGCUCGACACCGACAGCCGUGAAUCAGUUAAAGUUGGUUAAAUCCCCUCUAUGCAGCAAACGGCUUCUUAAACAACAGUUCAACCGCGUUAAAUUGAGGUAAAAGCUUAAUUAAACGAGUAAUUUUCUGUCUGAACGUGUGGUUGUAAGGAUUGCGAUUUGAUGCAGAGGCGGUGGUAGAACCUGCAAACACUGGGGGCUUAGCCCAGCCUGAAAGGAGUGCAGGGAAACAUGGGUCUUGGCAGUUUCCAUGUCCUUCUGCUGCUCCUGCAGGCUCUGCAGGCAUCAGCUGAGGACUCAGAUGGACAGCUGGUGUGUCUUUGUGAAGGCUCCAAAUGUCCCCAGACCACACAGUGCCACGGCACCCAGUGCUUCUCCUCAGUUAAAGUGAGCAGCGGUGGGGUCGUGUUUGAGCGUGGCUGCUUGAAAGGGCAAGAGAAGAUCCGUCUUCAGUGCUUCACAGCUCCAUCCUUCCAUCAGGCCAUCCACUGCUGCUCCCAGGACCUGUGCAACGCAAACACCACCAGGGCCUUCCUGAUGUCACUUCUUCCAUCAGCCCCUGAGGGGGAGCCUGUUCGGUAUCGUGUGGAGACAUUGGCUCUCUUUGUGCUCGCACCUGUGGUCUUUCUGGUUCUGCUGUCUGCUGUGUCAGUGCUGGCCUGCAGGAGGCUCCACCAUGGCCGCCUCCAGAGGCUGCAAGAGUUUGACACCGAGCAGGGAGAUGGUCUCAUCACCUCCAAUGUCGGAGAUAGCACUUUAGCUGACCUCUUGGAUCACUCGUGCACUUCGGGCAGUGGUUCAGGUCUUCCCUUCCUCGUGCAGAGAACCGUAGCCAGGCAGAUUAGCCUGGUGGAGUGUGUUGGUAAGGGGCGGUAUGGAGAGGUGUGGCGAGGUCAGUGGCAAGGGGAGAACGUUGCUGUGAAAAUUUUCUCCUCCAGAGACGAAAAGUCUUGGUUCAGGGAGACGGAGAUCUACAACACAGUGCUGCUAAGGCAUGAUAACAUUCUGGGUGGGUUUAACUUGAACCAUCAGAUCAAAAUGACCGGAGGAAAGAUUCAAACGGUUAAGGUUUUUGGUUUGGGUUUCUCGUUUCCCACAGGAUUCAUGGCAUCUGACAUGACUUCUCGAAACUCCAGCACUCAGCUGUGGCUCAUCACUCAAUACCAUGAGAACGGUUCACUCUACGACUACCUGCAGCGAGUUGCAGUGGAGACGUCGGAGGGCCUGGCGAUGGCGGCGUCGAUAGCCAACGGCCUGGUGCACCUGCACACGGAGAUCUUCGGCACCGAGGGGAAACCGGCCAUCGCGCACCGCGACCUGAAGAGCAAGAACAUCCUGGUGACCAAGGAGCUGCGCUGCUGCAUUGCAGACCUUGGGUUGGCUGUGACCCACACCCAGGCUGACAACCUGCUAGACGUGGGCAACAAUCCAAAGGUUGGCACCAAGCGCUACAUGGCACCUGAAGUGCUGGAGGAGACCAUUCAGACCGACUGCUUCGACGCUUACAAGCGGGUCGACAUAUGGGCCUUUGGACUGGUGCUGUGGGAGAUAGCGAGGCGCACGUACAGCAACGGGAUCGUUGAGGAGUACAAACCCCCCUUUUAUGAUCAGGUGCCAAGCGACCCCAGCUUUGAGGACAUGAGGAAAGUGGUGUGUGUGGAGCAGCAGAGGCCUUUCAUUCCUAAUCGCUGGUUUUCAGAUCCUACACUCUCUGCUCUGGUUAAACUGAUGAAAGAGUGCUGGUACCAGAACCCCUCUGCCAGACUCACAGCGCUGCGCAUCAAGAAGACCCUUGACAAGAUUCACAGCUCCCUGGAGAAGGGCAAGGAGUCGUGAAACAGAGGCGCCUGCAUAACGUCUGAGACGGACUUCAACGCGAGCUUGGAGUUUGUUGAAACAAGAGGAAAUUAGAAGGAUGAACAGGAAAGUUAAUAUCCUUCUCUUACUCUUCCUUUCUCUGUGGUUGCUUUCCACCAACAUCCCUCUGUUUGACUUGAAGCCCCUACAGAAGCUUGGAGCCGUUGCGUCUAAAUAAACCAGCUCCAGCUGUGGGACACAA